AUGUCUGUUGAACAAAUACCUACUAGAAGUACUAUAGAAUUGCUUAAGGACAUUGAGGCAAUUGCUGAUAGAGUAGACAUAAAAAAUCCUGUUCUUGUGAAAACAAAGGAAAGACCAAAUAGCACUAAAUGUAAAAAAACAGGUGCUGAGCAUGCUACUAAAAAAAUGUAUAUGUGUAGUAUUUGUAGCAGUGCAGGACAUAAUUCUAGGAGUUGUCUAUGCAAGUAA